UGCAGUUUUUGCAGUGGUGUCCAUGCGCCACUGGGCGAGACUGCGCUGUGGUUGUGCAGCGUUCCCAUUCUCCCAGCAGAGAGGGAGGAGAGACUACGAACGGGAGAAAGGCCGCCAUUACUGGCAAAAAUACAUUUACACUCUCUCAUACACACAUACUUACGCGCACACUCGUUCACGCACAUGGUUUUUUUGCAAACGGCUUGUCCGAGGGAGUGAAAUUAUCAUACGGAACUGUCGGGAGGAGUUGCAUUGUCGAGCCAUAUGCUGUGAAAGCAACUUAAACGUGGCUUGGAACAGGCAUGUCCAAAGUGUUUUUGGACGCAACAAAGGAAAUAAUAAUUGGUCAAAAAACAACGUGGUGAGCCCAAAGGAAGACGCCGCGACACAAACCUCUGUUUUUUGUUCCUUCUACGCCCCCUCCUUCCAAACAAGAAAAUCCAGUGGACCACAUACCGACAUCUAGGAUUGUUUUUUCGCCGGUCGAAGCCCUAUUUCUCCCUUUUAGCAUUGGAGUGGAAGAGAGCAAGAGCCAAGAAACUGGGCAACAAACUUUACGCGUCUGAAAUGGAAGCAUAAUUAGGAAAGCAACGCUGUUUACGCACUGACGAAAGAAGGGAACUAACUAAGCCAUUCUAAAUAUAUUUGUGGGACUCCUAUAUCUUGGCUUUAUUUUGUUUUACCGAGCCGGCCCGGGGUUUGCUACUUCGGCAUCGGAGACCAAGAGAGAACGAGAGGCAGAGAGUACACCGGAGAGGAAUGCUAUGGGUCAGAACCGGAGUGGAUAAACUUGAGACCCUGGUCCUCCACGCUUCCUGGAUCUGCAGUGGAUGAGAUGGAUUGGAAUAGAGUGACAUCAUCCACUUCCGCCUAAGCCUCUCCAACUGCCUAUCUCCCCCACCCUGCCCCCUCCGUACCCUCUUCCUAACCCUCUCACCCCCCACCCCUUGCCCUCAACCCCUCUUCCUUCAGUCCUCCUUCUGAACUGGAUUUGACUGGAUUUGGAUGCUACAGUCCCAGAGAUUUCAAGCCAAGCCUGAGCCAGAUCGAAGGGAAACAACAACAACAACAACAACAACAUAGAUCUAUUCAUUCUUUUUUUUUUUUCUUUUGUGUAAUUUUUUUUUUUUUUACCUGGGGAAAGACUUAAAGCACUUGUAUGGAAAAUAGGCACAGCAGUGUCCAAACCUUGAGCUUCUGGGAAUGGUAGGAUGAGUGCGUUCAUACGAUGAUGAGUGCUAAAAAGCAGGAUGCCCGGUCACCCCUCUACAACCUGGUUGUGGUCGGUUUGUCCGGGACCGAGAAGGAGAAGGGGCAGUGUGGAGUCGGUAAGUCGUGUCUGUGCAAUCGCUUCGUCCGCCCCAGUGCCGACGACUUCUACAUAGACCACACCUCCGUGCUCAGUACCAGCGACUUUGGCGGUCGCGUUGUGAACAAUGACCACUUCCUCUUCUGGGGCGAGGCCGGCCGGGUGCUGGAGGAUGGAUACGAGUGCCGCAUGCACGUGGUGGAGCAGACGGAGUUCAUCGACGACCAAACGUUCCAGCCGCACCGCAGCACGGCGCUGCAACCCUACAUCAAGAGGGCCGCCUCCACCAAGCUGGCGUCGGCCGAGAAGCUGAUGUACUUCUGCACGGACCAGCUGGGCUUGGAGCAGGACUUUGAGCAGAAGCAAAUGCCGGAGGGGAAGCUGACGGUGGACGGCUUCCUGCUGUGCGUGGACGUGAGUCGAGGCAUGAACCGCAGCUUCGACGACCAGAUGAAGUUCGUCACCAACCUCUGGAACCAGCUGGCCAAAACCAAGAAGCCAGUCGUGCUAGUGCUGACGAAGUGUGACGAGGGAGUCGAGCGUUACAUCAAGGACUCGCACACCUUUGCCUUGGCGAAGAAGAACCUACAGGUCGUUGAAACCUCAGCUCGUUCAAAUGUCAAUGUGGACCUUGCCUUCAUAACACUUAUACAGUUGAUCGAGAAAGGUCGCGGCAAGCCUAAGAUGAUUCCCUACUUCGAGGCUCUGAAACAACAGAGCCAGCAAAUAGCUUCGGCCAAGGACCGCUAUGAGUGGCUGGUCAGCCGCAUUGUGAAAAACCACAACGAGAUGUGGCCUACUAUCAACCGCCGAAUGGAGACGUUUACGGAGUACAAAGAAUACGUCUUCCUGGAGGGUACGUCCAAAGCUAAGAAGCUCUUCCAGCAGCACGUACACAGACUGAAACAGGAACAUAUCGAGAAGCGACGCAGAAUCUACCUUAACACCCUGCCACAGGCUUUGAGAACCCUGGUGCCGGACCUCGAUGAGAUCGACCACCUCAGCUGGUCAGGGGUGCAGAAGGUUAUAGAGACCAAGAGGGAGUUUUCCACAUGGUUUGUGGUGCUUGAUGACACGCCUUGGGAAGUUACACCGCACAUAGACAACAUGGAAGACGAGCGUAUCCCUCAGGAUCUACUGGAGACCCCUGCAGCUGAAGCGGUCUAUGAGAACCACCUGGGUCAUCUACGUGACGAUCGGAAACGAGCAGAGAUGAGAUGGGAGUUCAAAGAGAAGCUGAGCAUUUCCCCCUUCGUCACUCCCGGGAAACCCUGGGAAGAGGCUCGAAGCUUCAUAAUGAACGAGGAGUUCUACCAGUGGCUCGAGGAAACCGAGUACCUCGACAUCUACAAUAAGCACCAGAAGGAGAUCAUCGACCGUGCCAAAGAAGACUUUCAGGAGCUUCUGCUGGAGUACUCGGAGCUCUUCUACGAGCUGGAGUUGGAUGCCAAGCCCAGCAAGGAGAAAAUGGGGACUAUCCAAGAGGUUCUAGGCGAAGAAUCGAGGUUCAAGGCCCUGCAGAAGCUGCAGGCGGAACGGGAUGCCCUCGUGCUGAAGCACAUCCACUUUGUCUACCACCCUACAAAGGACACGUGUCCCAACAGCCCCCACUGUGUUGACAGCAAGAUAGAGCAAAUACUGGCCUCUCGAUUUCCCACACGCUACUCCUUCUCCGAGGGGCAGAAGUCCCAGUAUGGCGAAGGUAAAGUGGACAGGAUCAACUUGGUGAUCCUGGGCAAAGACGGUCUGGCGAGGGAAAUGGCCAAUGAGAUCAGGGCGCUGUGCACCAAUGACGACCGCUACGUGCUGGACGGGAGGAUGUACGAGCUGUCGUUGCGACCCAUCGAGGGCAACGUGCGUUUGCCUGUAAAUUCCUUCCACACACCCACCUUCUCGCCACACGGCUGCCUCUGCCUCUACAACUCCAAGGAGUCCUUAUCGUACGUCAUGGACAGCAUCGAAAAGCUACGGGAGUCUACCAUUAGCCGACGGGAGAGCAGCUUGUCCAUGCUCCCCAUGUCGCUCCUCCUGGUGACCAAGCGAGGCGUGGGCUCUGUGGGAGACAUCGGAGGUGAGACCGCCCAUGGCCUGAUCUUCCAGGGGCAGCAGGUUGCUGGCAAGCUGCAGUGCAACUACCUGGAGCCGGCCUCCCCCGGCACAGGCUACGGGCGCAACGUGAACGAGAAGCAGAUCAACCUGUUCCUGAAGGACCUCCUGGAGUCCCGCAAGACCACUAGUGGUGUGGGUAGCACCUCUCCGCCUCCCGUGCCCAUCUUCAGGGACCAGCAUGCCCAGCAGAGCUCGGAGGCGGACCUGCGCAUCAUCAUGUGCCUGAUGUGUGGAGACUCCUACGAUGUGGACCAGCUCCUCUCGCCCUUCCUGUUGCCCCAGCACUGCAGGCCAUCAUCCAGCCUCACCAGUGGCACCUCAGUGCUGCUGGAGCUUCCAGUCGGCAGCCAGAAACAGAGCAUAGACCUAUCCCUGCUCUCAUACCACUCUUCGUUCUCCUUGCGGAAGAGCCGGUUGGUUCACGGCUACAUCGCGGUGUACUCGGCCAAGAGGAAGGCAUCCAUGGAAACCCUGUGUGCUUUCCUCUGUGAGGUGCAGGACAUCAUUCCCGUGCAGCUCCUCGCCGUUGGGGAGACCCAGGUGGAGCUGGCGGACUACGAGAUGGCCCGGGAGCAAGUGUCACAGGGCGAAGAGCUGGCUCAUGAACUUGAGGCCCGCUUCAGUAAAGUGGUUUGUGGACCCGGUGGGGUGGUGGGUGGCCUGCACCGAAUAGACCUCUUCCAGCCCUUCCUGAAGGAGGUCGUGGAGAAGAGGACGAUUGUCGAGGCCACACACAUGUACGACAACGUGGCGGAGGCUUGCAGCACCAACGAGAGCGUCCACUCGCCCCGCUGCGGCUCGCCGAGCCCCAUCACCACUCUGCUGGACUCGGAGGAUGAUGUCGAGUCCUCGCCACCGUACCCCACCAUCAGGGAGGACGGCACUUUGACCACUCACCUGGAGGUCAGCGACGCUUUCUCCGUCAUCUCCGAGAUAUUCGAGAGCAAGAUCAACAACAAGGUGCCUCCCCAGGUGCGGCCCAAGCCCACAGUUAGUUUCAAGGUCAGCUCUUACAUGGACCCGGCGGGCAACCGCCGCUCGAUGCCCGCUGUGACGUGGGCACCGAGCAGUGACAGCGGCUACGACCCCUCCGAUUACGCCGAGCCCAUGGACGCGGUGGCGAAGCCUCGGCCCACGGAGGAGGAAAAUAUCUACUCUGUUCCCCAUGACAGCACACAGGGGAAGAUCAUCACCAUCCGCAACGCCAACAAGAGCCACUCGAAUGGCGGCGGGAACGGUUCAGACAGCGAGGCAGACAGCAGCUCGCUGGAGCGCCGACGGAAGCUGUCGGCGGUGGGGGUGAAGCCCAGGCUGUACCGCGACCGCUCCAAACGCCUGGGCAAGUUCAGCACCUACCGUACCAGCUUCUCCAUAGGCAGUGACGACGAGAUGGGCGGGCCACCCAAGGUCAAGGAGGACGAGGUGGGCACACACAAAGGAGACAACUCCUUGAACGAGGAAGGAGAAGACCCCAAGAGGAGGAACAUCCUAAGGAGCUUGCGCAGAACGACCAAGAAACCAAGGUCUAAGCCUCGUCAGUCCAUCUCCAAGCCUCUGGAGAGUAACUAUUUUGGGGUGCCGCUGGUGCAGGUGGUCUCCCCCGACAGGCCCAUCCCCCUCUUCAUCGACAAGUGCAUCCGCUACAUCGAGGCCACAGGAAUGAGUACUGAAGGCAUCUACAGAGUGAGUGGGAAUAAGGCUGAAAUGGAUUGCAUGCAGAGACAGUUUGAUCAGGAUCAUAAUCUGGACCUGGUAGAGAAGGACUUCACCAUAAACACAGUGGCAGGUGCCAUGAAGAGCUUCUUCUCUGAGCUGCCCGAACCUCUAGUGCCCUAUAACAUGCAGCUGGACCUGGUGGAGGCCUACAAGCUCAACGAUCGAGACCAGAAAUUCCACACCAUGAAGGAUAUUCUUCGCCACUUCCCACGAGAGAACUAUGACGUCUUCAAGUUUGUCAUCAGUCACCUCCACAAGGUCGGUCUGCUGAACCGUGUGAACCUGAUGACGAGUGAGAACCUGUCCAUCUGCUUCUGGCCCACCCUCAUGCGCCCCGACUUCACCACCAUGGACGCGCUGACGGCCACGCGCACCUACCAGACAAUCAUCGAGACCUUCAUCCACCAGUGCCCCUUCUUCUUCUACAAUCAGCCCCUGGCGUCGGACAUCCCCGCCCCGUCCUCCCACGCCCACUCCGCCAGCUCCAUCGCCCUCGCCAGCGGCCUGGUCAGCAUGCACGGGCUGCCCGGCUCCCCGACCGCCACCCAGGCGCCGCCCCCCCGCCGCCGCCUACUGUUACCCGCUGACGCCGCCGGUGAUCCCGGGCUUCACCCCGCCCCACCAGCUCUUCGCGAUGCAGCAACAACAACAACAACAACAACAGCAACAACAACAACAACAACAGCAGUCUCCACCCCACUCUCCGCCCGCUACGCCUCUGUCACCCAUCCAAGCCCUUCUGCCCCCAUUGCACCCCCACCACCACACCCCCCCGGCAGAGCAACACAUGCUGUAGACGGAGAGAGGGAGCGAGAGAGAGAGAGAGAGAGGGAGAGAGGGGGGGGAGAAACAGACAGACAGACAGACAUAGACAGAGAGAGAGAGAGAGAGAGAUGAAGGUGAGGAGAGAAAAAUAACAGAACAGACAAAUUCAUGACAGAGGAAAACGAGGAAGAAUGAUGGAGAGAGAGAAACAGACAGAAGAAUGUAGGAGGAGGACUAAUGAGAUUUACUUUAAAGGCUAGAUGAAGAGGUGGAUGCGAGAAGAGAAGAUGAAGAUGAAGAUGAAGAGGAGGAUGCUAAAAGAGAAGAGAGGAUGAAGAGGAGGAGGAUGCCAAAAGAGAAGAGAAUGUGCACUCUAGGGAGAAGGGAGAGGGGUGUGGUCAAAUCCCCUUUUGCCAUGUACCGGCACAUGUAGGUGAGAAGACUAGACAGGGAUUAGAUGGAUAGACAGAGAAGGAAGGAAGGAAGGAGGGAGAGAAGAGACGGGGAUUAGAUGGAUAGACGGAGAAGGAAGGAGAGAAGAGAUUACCACUUGAUUGAGCCACUUUAUCCUUGCUUUGUCCUCCACCUAUGUGCCCCCACACACACACACACACACACACACACACACACACACAGAUGCACGCGCGCGCUCACGCUUUCAUUCACACACUUACUUUCAGUAGCAUUGCAGUUCUUGAUGACCUGAGCAUCCUCCUCAGUUGCCUUUUCUUUCCAAUUUCCUUUGCUGCCUUACUAUGCCCACACACACACACACACACACACACACACACACACACACACACACACACACACAAACCUCCCUCCAUGGUCUCACCUGCGUACAUAGCCUGGUGUUGGCGCGGGUCCAUUGACCCUGCAACGGGGAUUGGGAGAGAAAAAGGCCAAGGAGAUGAUGGCCUUGACCCCUGUGUGACCUCUGAACUUUGCCCCUUGUCAUACAGGGUCAUUGGGACCACCCACUCUUGCCACCUGCCACCACCUUGCUUCCCUCUCCAGGUGCACCAGGAUGGGUAUAUGGGAGGGGGGGGGCGGGGGUGUGUGGCGCAGGGCAGCAUGGUGCAACAGGUUCAGGCAUCGUUGCCGCAGUCCCACAGCUGCACCCAGAGGACCCCUGUACUUCCUCCUCCUGCGUUGACCACUGCAGAUGAGACUGUAUUACAGCUGGCUUCAAACUAGAACCGCAACACAGAGAUUGACAUUCUACAUGUGUCUCCGUCACACAAACUAUCAACUCUCUCCAGACACAUUCCUGAUCCUUUUCCUCAAGCAAGUACAGUGUCACACACACACACACACACACACACACACAGCCAACAGAAACACACACAAACACACACAAACACACUCUCAAAACUUGACUAACUGGAUCCCAUUACUCUCGAGGCCUGGAUACGCCCAACCCUGGGGAGCCGUUUGCACGGCAUCAUGGGAUAGCCCCUGAGGUCAGGCCACACCCCUCCUCGUUCUCUUCCUGUCUUCCUCUCCUCUCCUCCUCCUCCUCCUGUCUUCCUCUCUCUCUCUCUCUCUCUCUGUUCCUCGGUAAUGAGCCAGUGCCUCCAGAUCAAGCUGGAAGAUUGAUGUUUUUAUAGAGAAGAAGAA